AUGUUCAAGCGGACUCUUCUCAGACAAGCUCAGGCCUCCCGGGCUCUGCUCUCUGUUCGCUCCACCUCCACAGCACCUCUGGCCGUCCGUCAGACAUCACAGCUCCAACCACAGCUCCUCCGCCCCUUCGCUCGUUAUCCUACCGCUCGGUGCUACUCCACGGAGAACAAGACAGAAAAUGGCGAACAGAAGGAGAACGGUGCCGAGUCAUCGGAAGCUACCGAGGACCCGUGUGUCAAAGAGCUAGAGGAGAAGAAGAAAGAGGUCGUGGAGCUCAAGGACAAAUACGUCCGAUCCGUCGCAGAUUUUCUCAACCUCCAGGAGCGCACCAAGCGAGACAUGGAGAACGCCCGCAACUUCGCCAUUCAGAAGUUUGCCGUCGACCUCCUGGAGAGCAUUGACAACUUCGAUCGCGCCCUUCUAGCCGUUCCCAAGGACAAGCUUGGCGCCACCAAGACCGAAGAGAACAAGGACCUCUUGGAUCUCGUCGAUGGUCUGAAGAUGACCCAGAACAUCCUUUUAAACACCCUCCAGAAGCACGGCCUGCAACGAUUCGACCCUGACGAGCCUACCGAGGAUGGCAAGCCCCAGAAGUUCGACCCUAAGAUCCACGAGGCGACCUUCAUGACUAAGGUCGAAGGCAAGGAGAACGGCGAGAUCAUGUACACCCAGAGCAAGGGUUUCACGUUGAACGGCCGUGUCCUUAGAGCUGCCAAGGUCGGUGUCGUCAAGAACGACUAA